AUGACUGUUCUGCGGCCAUUCCCGCCUGUGCCUCGAUCGACGACGAGGUCGUAUGCGACGGCGAGGACGCCUGGUCCGACUUCCCGAUUCUACAAGACAUUUACGCGGCCCGUGGCGAAAGUCCUCCUCGUCGCCGUCUUCACGUACCAAGUCGUGUACUGGGCAUGGGUCAAGCUGGACGCAGACGAGCACCGGCGCAAGACAGACGCCGAGAUUGCCGAUUUGGAAGCAAGGGUUACCGCGCUCGACAAGGCGCGCAAAGCAGAUGUCGAGACCAAGGACGCAGCGAAGCCUAAGAAGGGCUGGUGGUAA